AUGUCUGAAGCCGCAGUUGAUGUACGUCAGGCAUUCAAAGCAGAAUACAACUCUUACAAUGCCGUUGUCGCGCGCUGGCUGAAGGACGUGCUGGAGCUCAUUAAUGAUAGAGUUCGUCCUAAGAUAUCUCUGGCUCGUACAAUGUCGUCAUGGGCGACCUUAUCGCUCCAAGAAGGCGAGAGUAUCGAGAGUUUCCUACAACGCGAAAGCGAGUUGUGGCUCUUGCUAGCCAGCCACUCUGCUGCUACAGAUCAGUCUCCCUUCAACUGGAAGGAAAGAAGAGCGAGGAUACUAUCCGCAAUACUCGUUGUUCCGUCAUGGAGAAGCUCUAUUGGUCCGUGGAUAUCGGCGUUGAAAACCGCUGACAACUACUCAGUCUUCCGUGAGCUGAUCAAGGAAGCUAAGAAGACCAUCUUGACGCUCAAGGCUUUACCCAAGUCUGAAGCCAUCUUGACGUGUGACAAUCCUAUGCAUUUUGGUCCCUUACCGAGUACGGUCUUCCGAGGCCCGACCUGGAAGCGAUCGGUCGAUCCUCAUCUACCAGAACCAAUGAGCGCCAAAGCGCCGGACUCCGGAGUAGUGUCAGGGGCUUGCCGAUCGGGGCCCAAGGCUGAUGGUACACAAGGGCGUGGGCCCAGAGGGCGCGACCCUACAGCUCCAAAGGUUGAGACUAAGAAGUUCCAAUCGGCAUCUCGACAACCUCAGCGACCCGUCAACAAGCAGAAGGCGAAAGACCGGUCGGAAGGUCGAUGCUUCAAGUGUCACGUAAAAGGCCACUUGGCCCGAGACUGCCCCAUAGAUGGGGAGGUUGAGAAGACUGAUGGGUCAAAGACGGUCUCGAGGAAGGCGCCUGCUGUGAAUGUCACUGCAAUGAGUCCAAGGAGGGUGGAGACUGCGUAUGUCGGAGCCGGAGAACCCUUCACUGACGAAGAGUCCGAAACCUCGGAGCCCGCUCGUUUGUGCGCUUGUGCUGUGGCCAAUCCAUCGCAACACACAUACGAUAUCAGCUCCUCCAGAGAUGACGAUCUUGUGUAUGUCCACUUGACGAGCGUCAAUGGUCGUAGCUUCAAGGCGCUGAUUGACCCAGGAAGUCAACUUAAUCUUGUUGAAGAGAGUGUUGUCAAUGGUGCUGAUGCCUUAGCCAGCUCUGAUACCUCCAGGAAGGACAUGUCUAUCUCGGGCAUCGGCGGCAAGAUAUGUGGUAAACCUGUCACAAUAAAAAUCUACGGUCCGGCAUCUAAAAGGGUUCUACGGUUGAAGGGGUACUCAGUCCCCGAGCUGCCUGGUGGAAGUGAGGUGCUCUUGGGCAUACCGGGGCUAAGAGCGCUCAAAGCUCGGCUCGACCUUGGUGUCGGCGAAAUGAGUCUAUGCGCUUCUGCUCUAGCGAACAACGAUAAGCUCCCCAUCAAGUCGUCCUCUAUCGACAUCACAGCUCAUCUUGAUGUGAUAAGAGAGCACCCUAUUCCCAGACAUAGGGGAUACCCACUGGCUCCUGAGAAGUUGGAGGUAGCCCACAAGCUGGUAAGAGAGAUGGAAGACAAGGGCUGGAUCAAAAUCAUUGACGACAAGGAUACCUCUCAAUGGUUCUGUCCUACCUUCUUGAAGCUUAAAAGUAACGGUAAGGUUCGUGUCCUCAAUGAUCUCCGGGAGGUCAACGCCCGAAUACGGUCUUUUGCGUCGCAGAGCUCCUUCGGGGCUGUCCUAGGUGGGAUACCCCGAUAUGUUGAGUCACAGCGCUUUUUGGGAGGGGUACUUGGCGGCAUCCGCUUCAAGUGGCUUGUGUGCCCCCAAGGUCUGAGUAUCAGCCCGUAUUUCUGGGAGUUAUAUCUCUCGUCUUUGUUGAGUGGUAUCGAGUUUCCCCCACAGGUGACCGUGUUAUGGUAUGUUGAUGACAUUAUAAUCUGUGCGCUCGAUGAUGUAUCCGCCUUAGCUGCUAAGAAGGCCAUCAUCAGUGCACUGGUUAAUAAGAACGUGAUGGUCGCCGAGGAGAAGUGUUGUGGGCCUGCUCGCUCCGUGAACUUCUUGGGACUGGUUAUUGACGAGCACGGUUGGAAGCCUCAAGAGGAACCUCUAGACCAGUUGAGAAGAUUGCCAAAGCCGAGAAACCGUGGUGAACUUCACUCCUUUCUGGGUGUGGUGAACUAUCUAAGGGGCGUGUACGACCCCUCAGAACUCCAGAAACACCUAGCUCCUCUUCAAGACCUAUUGGUGAAAGGUCGACGUUUCCAGUGGUCGGAGGCUCAUGAUCUAGCUUUCGAAUGGCUAUAA